AUGGCUGUACCAGCUUUUACUUUGGACAAUGGGCACACAUUACCCCUUGUUGGAUUUGGAACUUCUACAAUUUCAGAUGAAAAAGAUCUUAACGAAGCCCUAAAAGCUGGCUACAGACACUUCGACACUGCUACCCUUUACAAAAACGAACACAUAAUAGGUCGCGUGCUAAAGAGUUGGUUCGAUUCAGGAAAAUUGAAACGAGAGGAUAUUUUCGUUACAACAAAAUUAAAUUCCAACGCAGUCCAUCCUGACCUCGUAGAAGAACACAUUUUGAAAUCCUUGGAGCAACUUCAACUCGAUUAUAUUGACUUAUAUCUGAUUCAUUUUCCUAUUUAUGUACAAUUGGAAUAUGUUUCGGCUUCUGUAGUCCAUCCUACAGAUCAUAUAGCAGUUUGGAAGAAACUUGAGGAACAAGUUGAACUUGGCAGGACCAGAGCCAUUGGUGUGUCUAAUUUCAACAAAGACCAAGUUAGCAGGAUAGUUGAAAUUGCAAAAAUUAAGCCAGUAGCCAACCAAAUUGAAUUGCACGUGUAUUUACAACAGCCAGAAUUGGUAAAUUAUCUUAAAGCCAAUGGUAUUUUGCCUAUAUCUUAUUUUUCGCUUGGCAAUCCUGGUUUAAAUGAGUUUUUGGCUAAAAAAGGAAGACCGCUACGUAAAACGACCACAGACCUUCUAGACGAUCCAGUAGUCACGAAAAUUGCUGCCAAACAUGGAAAAUCUUCGGGACAUGUUUUACUCAAAUUUUUAGUGCAAAACAAUAUUGCUGUCAUACCAAAAAGUUCAAAUCCGAAAAGAAUUCAGGAGAAUAUCAAUUUGUUUGAUUUUAGUUUGGAUGACGAGGAUGUUAAACUAUUGACUGGUCUAGAUAAAGGCGAACAGGGACGACGUGUUACAUUGGCUUUUAGUCAAACCAUAUUGGAUCAUCCAGAGUAUCCUUUCCCAAGAGUACCAAGAUAUAUUUGAG